AUGGCUAGCAUCAGGUAUCGUCUGCUGCGCAACACGAUAUCUAAAAGAAGGUUUACUACAGAUCCCAACUUUAAACUGAUAUGUGGACUUGAAGUUCACACUCAAUUGUGUACCCGAAACAAGCUGUUCUCACUUUCUACCAACGACCCCUUCGCUUCUAUCUCAAAGCCAAACUUUCACACGAGUUACUUUGACAUUGCGGUUCCUGGUACAAAGCCGAAAUUAAACUACGAAUGUGUGCUUUACGCAUUAAAAUUGGCUUCUGCUCUAAACAGUGACAUCAAUCUUAACUCUCAAUUCGAUAGGAAGCAUUACUUUUACGGAGACCAGCCACAAGGAUAUCAGAUUACGCAGCACUAUUCGCCUAUAGCUAAAGGUGGCUAUUUGGAAAUGUUCGGAGACAUCGAUCGGAUCAAAGAUGAGAAGAAGAGAAUUAACAUUACUCAACUACAACUCGAACAAGAUACUGGUAUGUCCCAUUACAUUACCGGGGAUAAUGGUGCCCAAAGUAUGAUUGAUUUGAAUAGAUCGAAUGUUCCCCUGAUUGAGUUGGUGACUGAGCCGGAUUUCAGUCAUGUUGACCAGGUGAGAGCAUUUAUCAAGAAAUAUCAGGACUUGGUUCGUCAGCUGAAAAUUUCAACAGGUGAUUUGGAGACUGGUUCUAUGCGAGUAGACGUAAACGUCUCUAUUAACGAUUACCCUAGAAUAGAAUUGAAAAACUUACCUAACACGUCUUCCAUAGUGAAUGCCAUUAAAUUCGAGUAUCAAAGGCAACUGAAGAUCAUCAAAAGUGGACAAGCUGAUCAGUUCUUAAAGCAUCAAGAAACCCGUGGCUGGGAUGGAGCAAAAACAGUAAAAUUGAGAAGUAAAGAAACAACUAUUGACUACAGAUACAUGCCAGAUCCAGAGUUGCGACUCAUCACAUUAGAUGCGGACGUUAUCGAAAAUGUCAGAAAAAUUUUGCCGGAAUCGUCCGAUGUCAAGAUCCGGUCAUUUUUGGCGGAACCUUUCAACUUGACAGUUAAGGAUGCCAAAAUGUUGUCGAUAUCCAGCCAAUUGAGCAAGCUUUACAAUAAUGAGGAGGUGAAACAAUUUUUUAUCGAAACCUUUCAUGAAUACCAAAAAAACGCUCCAAACGAGGUUAGAUCAAAGUUGGUCGUCAGCUGGGUACUUCACGAACUUUUGGGGAAUCUAAACAAAUUGAAUAUCCCAUUAAAGGAAUUUUUGCAAAUUCUGCCGCCAACGAAAUAUUCAGAAUUAAUUGUGCUGGUGGAUAACGGAGACAUCACGAGCUCUAGUGGGAAAUUAUUACUGUUCCAUGUCUUGAAAGAAUUCAAAGAUUCAAACUAUAUCAAAAAAACUGAAGAUGUAGACUUCCAAGGUCUGAUAAGGCAAUUUGACAUUGGGGCGCUAAGUGAUAUGGAUAAGAGCAAGUUGGAAAAAGAAUGUAAAACCAUUAUAGCUGAAGUUGAUAAUCCAAAACUAAUUGAAUCGAUCAAGGCUGGCAAAACAAAAGCGGUGAAGUACUUGGUAGGUCAAGGAAUGAGAAAGUUUCAGGGCAGGGUUAAAGCCCAAGAGUUGCAAAGAGUUUUCCAAGAUAUUCUCAAUAUUAAUGACAAAUAG